GCCGGUUGUGUACCAGCAUGCUCACAAAAUGCAUCACUACUUGCACGACUCCACUGCCUUUGAUGCCCACAUCUACGGCAGUGGCAUGAACGAGGAGUUUUUUUGGAUCCUCGCAGAGACGUUGCCCUGUCUCCUCGCGCCCAGUGUCUUCUUCCCAUAUUUUCUGAAUGUCGACACGCUGUAUUCGUCCUGGACCAACAAGUCUUCCCACACGCGCACGGCGGAUGAGAAGGAGUAUGGCUUUUGCGACGAGGCGAACUUCCAUGCCGAUCACCACACCCUGCACCGGGCGAACUUCGGAUCGUCACAGGGCAUUCUGUUGGAUGUCUAUUUCGGCACAGCAGGUGCCAACACCCGGGGCGCAGCAGGCCUGACCUACGAACGGAAAGAGCAUCCUAGCGACCCGGAGAAGCUCGUCAUCCGCAUCGAGCGCGCAGAAGGCUCCCUCCGGGUUGCGAGCACGGCGGCGGCGCCGGCCGUCACCCAGGACAACGCGGACGAGAGCACUUGCGCAAGCAGUGAGCGUGUCGUUUCCGAGGCCGAGCUGGCGUCGAAGACCACAGAGGAGGAGGGAAUAUGGAUUGCCAUCGACGGCGACGUGCUGGACGUCACGGCUUUCCACAAGCGACAUCCGGGUGGCAGCGACGUCCUCCUACAGUACGCCGGGGCC